CCAUGAGCCAACCCGACAAAUAAAAGUGGCUUAUUCGACGUUGUGGGCGGAGAAUUGAAUGAAACAUUUCUUUUAGGUAAAUUGUAAAUUCAAAUUGAAAUUUGGGUUGUUCAACAGGCGUCACCCAAAUGCAAAAUGAUGGAGCAAUCCAUUUCCAAUCCUUCAAUCUCCAUCCUCAACUCGUUCCAUUUCUCUUCUUGUCAUUCCCAUUCGUACUUCUAUAAUUACAAUUGUAUUUCUCCUUUACAAAUUCUAUACCAAUUUGUGGAUUCAUCCAAUGCUGCGAUUCAGGCUCACAAUGAUUCCUCGGCUGCCAAGAAGAAGGGCCCUUACCCAGGCGGAAUGAUGGGCCUUCACGCGGGGAGGGAUCCCAAUGUGAAGAAGCCAGAGUGGUUGAGGCAGAGAGCUCCUCAAGGGGGCAGAUUUCAAGAGGUCAAACAAUCUCUCUCUCGCUUGAAUCUCAACACUGUUUGCGAGGAAGCCCAAUGCCCCAACUUUGGUGAGUGUUGGAAUGGAGGCAGCGAUGGUAUUGCAACUGCUACUAUCAUUCUACUUGGGGAUACCUGUACUCGUGGCUGCAGAUUCUGUGCUGUGAAAACCAGCAAUGAUACUCCACCGCCUGAUCCUAUGGAGCCUCAAAACACUGCUCAAGCCAUUGCAAGUUGGGGGUAUGAGCAAAGUUUAUCAGUUUUGAAACAUGCAAAGUUCAGUAAAGAGGGAAUGGUAAAAAAAUCUUCUAUAUGCUAGGUCUCGGAGAAACUGAUGAUGAGUUGAAGGAAGCUAUGGCUGAUUUAAGGGCAAUAGAUGUUGAUAUUUUGAUACCUGUACAAUAUUUACCGGUACCUUGCAUGUGAAUUUGUUCUCAUGCAUUCAGCGUGGAUGCUUCAUUUGUAACAUUGCAAGGCUUUGGAUAAUCAUUUAGCUUCAAUCAUGCCAGAAUUAUUUAUCUAGUUUUGCAGAUCUUAGUCUGAUUGGUGAUUGCAUUAAUGAAGUUGGCCAUAUUCUGGCACUGUUUUGAGAAUAUUAUUCUGAUUUUGAUAAA